AUGGUAAACAAGCAACAUGUCAAUUUCAGAUUAACAGGACAGGGGUCACAAAGGGUUUCUCCAGGGGGUCACAAAGGUGACUGGUGGUGGAAUGGAGAGGUCCAAGGUAAAGUAGAAGCCAAGAAAGUGGCGUAUAUAAAGCUAGUAGAGAAUGCCGAGGAGGAGGAGGAGAGGAGGACGCUUAGGGAGUGUUAUAAGAAGGCUAAAAAAGAGGCGAAGCUAGCGGUCACGACGACUAAGGCCACAACAUUUGAACGCCUGUAUGUGGAAAUUGGGGGAAGAGGCAGUGACAAAAGAUUGUUUAGGUUAGCUAAGGUUCGAGAAAGGAAAGCUUGGGACCUAGACCAAGUGAGGUACAUCAAAGAUGAGGAUGACAAGGUAUUGGUGGAAGAGGCGUGCAUUAGGCACAUGUGGCAGUCAUACUUCCACAAACUCUUGAAUGAGGAUAGGGACUGGAACAUUGUGCUUGGCGAGUUGGAGAACUCAGAGAACAGACAUGAUUUUAGGUUUUGUAGGCAUAUUAAGGUUAAGGAAGUAAUGCAGAAGAUUAGUAGAGGCAGGGCGACUGGGCCAGACGAGAUACCAGUACAAUUUUGGAAGGCCGUGGGACGGGUAGGCUUGGAGUGGCUUACUGGACUGUUUAAUGUCAUUUUUAGGACUAAGAAACUGCCUGAGGAAUGGAGGUGGAGUUUGAUAUUCCCGUUGUACAAAAACAAGGAUGAUAUCCAAAAUUGUAACAACUACAGGGGUAUCAAGCUACUGAAUCACACUAUGAAAGUGUGA